AUGGAUAUUAAUUCAAUAAUUGAUCAGUAUCUAACAUCUUGGUAUCCAACAUCAAUUCCAACAACAACUACAUCAAUAAGUUAUAUAAAUCCAACAUAUAUUGAAGGAUUAAAAGCAACAGCAUUACUGUUACAACAAGAAUUAGCUACUCAAACUAAUUCAAUUUCAUUAUAUUUUUUAUCAAGAAAUGCAAGAGCUGCAGCAGCUUCAUAUACAAUAUUAAGUAAUCAACAAGUAUUAAAUAGUAUAACACAAACUUACGAUAUUUCAACUACGACAACUGCAACAGAAACAAUUUUUAAUUCAGUUGUUACAGAAACUUUAACUCGUACAUUUGAAGAAACUUCAACUUUAUCAAUAGAUUUAUCACAAAUUACUGAUGAAUUGGUAAAUUCAACUUUAUUAUUAAAAAAAUUAGAAUGGGAUUCAAAUUUAUAUGCUAUAAAUAUUUCAAUUCCUUUUAAUUUGUUGUUCACUAUACUAUUUAUCAUUUUAAUAAUAUCAUAUAUAUCAAUAGGUAUAUUCAAAAAAGGUAAAACAAAAUAUUUUACAAUUUGUAUGAUAUUAGGUUGUAUAUUAGAAUCAAUUGGUUAUAUAUGUAGAACAAUAGCUCAUUAUAAUUGGUCAAAUCCUAAUUUAUUUGUAUUACAAGCAAUAUGUUUAACAGUAGCACCAGCAUUAAUAAUGGCAUCAAUUUAUUAUUUAUUAUCUCAAUUAAUUAUAAUUUAUGGAUAUAAUUAUUCAAUUAUAAAACCAAAUUAUAUUGCUUGGAUAUUUGUAUGUUUUGAUGUUGCAAGUUUAUUUAUUCAAAGUGGUGGUGGAAUAUUUGCAGGUAUUGCUUUAAAAAAUUUUGAAAAUACAAUUUAUGGAACUCAUAUAAUGGUUAGUGGAAUGGCUUUUCAAGUUUUAUCAAUGAGUUUAUUCUUGAUUUUCUUAUUUAAUUUUUUGAAACGAAUAUAUUUUAAUUCAAGAAAUGUAUCAUUUAAUGUUUUGGAGUUUUUUCAAUUAUUGGGAAACACUUCCAAUGGUGAAAGAAUACGACAAGAUUCCAAACUAGAUAAUAAAUAUGAUUCAAAUUAUCAAAAUUUAAGAAAUAGGAAAUAUUUCAAUUAUUUACUUUUAAUGAUUUUAAUUUCAUCUUUAUGCAUUUAUAUUCGAUGUAUAUAUAGAGUAAUUGAAUUAGUUGAAGGUUGGAGAGGGUUUUUAAUUACUCAUGAACCAUUUUUAUUAACUUUAGAUGCAUUAAUGGUAUUUUUGGGUUGUGCUAUAUUUGUACCUUUCCAUCCAAAACUUAUAAUGGGUAAUGAAUUUAAUAUAUCAGUUAGAAAAAGUUUGAAAUAUAUUAAUGAAAAAAUUAAAAAGGAAAGUAUGAUACAAUUUUAUAAAGAAGAUAGUAUUGAUAGUGAAAUUAGUUAUUACAAUAAUUUUAAAAAGAAAUCAAGUAUUGAUAAAGAAGUUCAUUCAACAAGUACAUUAUCUUCGGGAACUACAUUCAAUAAUAUACUAUCUACUCCCGAAAGAGCUCAAACCUCCAGAGAUCACUUUAAUCAUAACCCAUAUGAACAAUCAAAUAAUUAUAGAUACUACGAAACUAAUAAUCAACAACAAAUUUAUUCACCAAAAGAGAAUUCAAACAAUGUAAAAAAUAAUAAAAAAAGUGAACAAUCAUUUAAUAGUAAAUCAACAAACAAUAAACAAACACGUCAAAAUUAUUUUAAUCCAUAUUUAAAUCCAACGAAAUUUGCUCAUUAUAAUUCAUAUAAUAAUUACAAUUCACAAUCAAAUCAAAAUAUAAAAAAAUAUGAGAGUUGA